AUGGCAAGGUGGCUUAAGGAUUACUUACAUUUUGGGAGCAAGAAGUCUCCUCCACAACCUCCUAAGCCUGACUACACAGAGAGUGAAAUACUCCGUGCCUACAGAGCUCAGAAGAACUUGGAUUUUGAGGAUCCUUAUGAGGAGAAGAACAAUGACAAGGAACUAUUGAGUUCUCCAUCCAGGAUCGAUGAUUUGCAACUCAUUGUAUCCCCUAAACACCGUCUUAUCAAGGUGGAGCCAUCAGAAUAUAAGAGGAAGCCUCAUCUAGGUUCAGAGGAAGAGCCCGGAGGGAAGGUCAGUGAAGUCAGUGACUACUCAAACCCAUUUGAUAUGAAGAACAAAUGUAUUUAUGAUCCUGAAGAAAUGGAAGAUACAAGUUACAUGGAACCAUAUGAUGAUCAUAGACCGUUGGGAGAUCAACAGGAUUGUAGGGAGAAAGUGACAGAAAAGGUCCUGCAACUUUAUGAUUCUCCUUAUCAUGAGCGAUACAAGACACUCCCUCAUGAAAGCUGCCAGCCAUCUGUGGAUGAAAGACCAGCGGAUGAGUAUGACCAACCCUGGGAGUGGAAGAAAGAUGACAUCAGCCGAGCAUUUGCAGUGCAGUUUGAAGGUUCUGGAUGGCAAUGUGGAUCUCCUCAUAUGAGGGCACGCCUUUUACAGUCCACCCCGAGGAGCCCUGUGAAUCUGCGACCCUCUAGUCCUGACCUUACUGCAAAUCAAAGGGAUCAUGGCUCACCGCCCAAAGAGCUUGACUGCUCAAGAGUAAGGAGGCCCAUUUGUGCUGAUCUGCAAAGACACGGGUGGUUCCAUGGACCUCUGAGCUGCACAGAUGCAGAGAAACGGUUGCAUAAAAGUGACCCUGGAAGCUUCUUGUUGCGCACGGAGGCUGAAAGUAUGUUCUUCCUUUCUGUUAGAGGGCGCAGUAGCAUCUUACACGUCAAGGUGAUCGUCAUGCCAGAUGGCCGAUUCAUGCUUGGGGAUAGUGGACCGACCUUCCCCUGUAUCCCUGAUAUGGUGCAGCAUUACAUCCAGUCUCCGCUGUUGUUCCCGGGGGAGGGACAAGUAACGUGGGAAAGGAUUAUUACCCCUGUCAAUGUCUUUGUUGUUUGUAUCCUUCUAGAAACACAACAGAAAGUGGAAAUCACCUCAACAGGAAGUGGAAAUCACCUCAAAGUCCUUCCUGCCAAAUUGUCACCAGAUAAAAGCAUCCCAUUUGGAGACUUUUCUUCAACUCGUUUUCUGGUGACAGCCAGCCCCGAGUCCAGUGCCUUGCAGAGCACCGAGUCCAGUGCCUUGCAGAGCCCCGAGUCCCGUGCCUUGCAGAGCCCCGAGUCCAGUAUCUUGCAGAGGCCUGAGUCCAGUGCGUAG